UUCACCGCCCUUCUUGACCAUAUAUGGUUCGUCUGGCGGUUUAGUGAGCGGCUACAUCCACCCGGCAAAAAGUGGACACGAGACGUCAGUGUGCUCCCGACAUAAGAGCCUUGGAUAACCAUGCCGUCAGACUUGGCCAAAAAGAAAGCAGCCAAGAAGAAGGAGGCAGCCAAAGCCCGUCAGCGCCCCAAGAAGUCUGAGGAAGUGGAUGGGGACGGAGAACAACCGGAGAUCCAAGAAAAUGGAGCAGACAGCAAUGGCGUCGGCAGUUUAACAAAGGAGCUGGACGAGUUCGAGCUGCGGAAGACGGAGGCUCGGGCCGUGACUGGCGUUCUCGCUUCCCACCCCAACAGCACGGAUGUCCACAUCAGCAGCCUGUCGCUCACCUUCCACGGCCAAGAGCUGCUGGCAGACACCAGCCUGGAGCUCAACUCGGGCCGACGCUACGGCCUCAUCGGGCUUAACGGCACCGGAAAGUCCAUGCUACUGUCGGCCAUCGGCCACCGUGAGAUUCCCAUUCCAGAGCACAUAGAUAUUUACCAUCUGACCCGGGAGAUGGCGCCGAGCGACAAGACGGCUCUGCAGUGCGUCAUGGAGGUGGACGAGCAGAGGAUCAUGCUGGAGAAGGAGGCGGAGAGACUCGCUCAUGAAGACUCGGAGUGUGAGAAGCUGAUGGAGCUGUACGAGCGUCUGGAGGAGCUGGACGCUGACAAGGCGGAGAUGCGAGCCUCUCGGAUCCUCCACGGUCUCGGCUUCAGCGCCACCAUGCAGCAGAAGAAGCUGAAGGACUUCAGUGGAGGCUGGAGGAUGCGUGUUGCUCUGGCCAGAGCUCUGUUCAUCAAACCCUUCAUGUUGUUGCUGGACGAGCCGACAAACCACCUGGACCUGGACGCUUGUGUGUGGCUGGAAGAGGAGCUCAAAUCGUUUAAGAGAAUCCUUGUUCUCAUCUCACACUCGCAAGACUUCCUGAACGGCGUGUGUACCAACAUCAUCCACUUGCAUCAGAGAAAACUAAAGUACUACACGGGUAACUAUGACCAGUAUGUGAAGACCAGAGCAGAGCUGGAAGAGAACCAGAUGAAGCGUUUCAACUGGGAGCAGGACCAGAUAGCACACAUGAAGAAUUACAUUGCCAGGUUUGGCCACGGCUCCGCCAAGUUGGCACGACAAGCACAGAGCAAAGAGAAGACGCUGCAGAAGAUGGUGGCGUCAGGCUUGACUGAAAAAGUUGUGAAUGACAAGACGCUGUCAUUUUAUUUUCCUCCCUGUGGGAAGAUUCCUCCUCCUGUUAUCAUGGUUCAGAACGUGAGCUUCAAGUACAGUGACAACACACCGCACAUUUAUAAAAACCUGGAGUUUGGUAUCGACUUGGAUACCCGAGUGGCUCUGGUGGGACCCAAUGGAGCCGGGAAAUCCACGCUGCUGAAGCUGCUGAUGGGAGAGCUCCUCCCUACAGACGGCAUGAUCCGCAAACAUUCACACGUGAAGAUCGGCAGAUAUCACCAGCACCUGACGGAGCAGCUGGAGCUCGACCUUUCACCUUUGGAGUACAUGAUGAAGUGUUUCCCUGAGAUCAAGGAGAAGGAGGAGAUGAGGAAGAUCAUCGGUCGCUACGGGCUCACAGGAAAACAGCAGGUGAGUCCGAUCAGGAACUUGUCAGACGGUCAGAAGUGCAGAGUUUGUUUUGCCUGGCUGGCCUGGCAGAACCCCCACAUGCUGUUCCUGGACGAGCCGACCAAUCACCUGGACAUCGAGACGAUCGACGCGCUGGCGGAAGCAAUCAACGAGUUCGAGGGAGGCAUGAUGCUAGUUAGUCACGACUUCAGGCUAAUUCAACAGGUGGCUCAAGAAAUCUGGGUGUGUCAGAAUCAAACCAUCACAAAGUGGAAGAGCGGCAUCUUGGGAUACAAGGAGCAUUUGAAGUCAAAGAUAGAGAAGCAGUGAAGGCAGGUGACCUGACGCACCUGGUCGCUCGUUUAUGACAUCAUGGACCUGCGAGUUUCUGAACGGAGGAGCAGGAAACGUCCUACUGAACAGAACCAAUCUAUUAUGCAUCUUAUCGGACUCGUCUCUCGUACACCUAGUACUGUUUCCUCACGGUUUGACUGCAGUCCAAGCCCCGCCCCUCCACCUCAGGCUGGGCUCUGAUUGGCUGAUUCACCUGGAAUGCAUUCCAUUGUGUUUGUCUUCAAAGAAGUCUUUUUGUUCCUUCUUAAAAGUUCUGUUUUACCUCAAGAAGAAGUAAGCAGCAGCUUUUAGGUCAUUUUAUCAUAUUUAAAAGGCGACUUCUUUUUUUUGUUUUCUUUCCCCUCCAGUGUAAAAGAGCAGUUCUGCCUUAUUUGACAGUAAUGCAAUAAAGGUUUGUCUCAAUAAACGGAACAAUAAAAACAGCAAAGCGAA